AUGGGUCUUGUAAAGCUCUUGCUCAAAGCGAUCCUUAUCCCAAUUGUUGUCCUCCUUGUUAUUGCGGUUGCUAUUUUCCUUCUCAUCAAAAUGCGCAGUGAUCGCAAAAAGAAAGAAAAGGAACUGGAGAAUUCUUUCCAACCACCCCCUAUACAGCAAUGGGUGCCGUACACCCCGGUCCAGCAACCAGCGCCGGCAUACGUCAAGACACCAGGGGCGAUGGAGCAAGGAGGUGGACACGCACAGCCUUAG